UCACGCACGCAGGCGAAAUCAGUGUUUUCCUAUCACCAAUUCAAAAUAAAAUGAAUUUAUUUAGUAAGUUCGAGGCAGUCACGCGUGUAACUUGUGCCGUCAUCUCUUAAAAGUAAUAGUGAGGUUUUCUAAGUGGGGCAGCAGCACCUGCCAGGUUAGUUUUAUUUAUACUUCGUAAUUUUGUGAACGCAAUUAAAAAAUAUUUAUAUCGCAACAGGUUGGCUUGCCGUUCACGUAAAGCAAAAACAUCACGGAAUCGAAGAAAAAUGACGUCAGAUGAUCCUUUACUUCCUUCUGUGUUUACCCUAAAUAAUGGAACUAAAAUGCCAGCUGUUGGACUUGGAACAUAUCGGAUUCGGAAUUCUGAACUCCUCAUGAAAACUGUGGAUUAUGCUUUAGGAGCAGGUUAUAGAAUGUUUGACACAGCUGCUGUUUAUGGAAAUGAAGUCCAUCUAAAAAAUGCACUCAAUUGUUUACUACCCAAGUAUGGUUUAAUGAGAGAGGACAUCUUCAUAACUACUAAGCUUUCACCAGCAGAUCAUGGUAGUCCAGAUGUCGUAAAUAAUGCUUAUAAAAGAUCUUUAGAUAAUCUUGGCCUGGAUUAUGUUGACUUGUAUUUAGUACAUUUUCCGGGAUCGGCCAAAAUACCUGCUGAGGAUCCUCGGAAUCCAAAAUUAAGAGACUCUACUUGGGCAGGGAUGACCAAACUAUAUGAUGAUGGCUUAGUAAAUGCAAUUGGUGUUUCUAAUUUCAAUAUCCGUCAUCUUAAAGACAUUAUGAAUUGCAAUCAUGGUGUGGUUCCUGCUGUUAAUCAGGUUGAAUGGCAUCCAUAUUAUCAUCAAAAGGAUCUGCUCAAGUUCUGUAAACAGAAUGAUAUUCUGUUACAAGCAUAUUGCUCACUUGGAGGCACCUCUGCAUCAAACACUGACUUAUUGGAUGAUCCUGUUGUGAAGAAAAUUGCCAUGAAACAUGAAGCAACAUGUGCACAAGUACUGCUAGUAUGGGCUGUACAACAGGAUGUAGCUAUUAUACCAAAAUCCACUAACCUGGGCCGUAUAAAAGAAAAUAUUACAUUUAAUUUCAAGCUUACAUGUGAGGAAAUAAAGGCUUUGGAUGCAUUAGGAGAGCAUAAUAUAAAAUAUGCUUGGGAUCCUAAUACUGUAGCAUAAUUUGGGCUUAUCUAAUAUUGAUCACCAUUGCCCUUUAUUACUGAUUUAGGCCUAAGAAAUAUAAUUAAAAGAAAAUAAGCUUGGUAC